AUGAAGGGAGAGUGUCUUCUCCAGAAUACCAGCCAUCCUGUGGCUGAUGAAGGAGAAAAGUGGAAUUUUGAGCAUCAGACUGGAGAAAUAGUGCAAAGUGUAUUUCAAGGAAAUUGGGGCAAAGUUCAGGAUAUAUCCAGACAAUCUGAAGACCAGCAAUGUGUUACCUUCACUGAACACAAACUUCAUGAAAUUCCUCUGGAAGAAGAAUGCUCUGUGAGUCCAGGGAGGCAGACUAUCAUACAUCAGUGCAAGCUCACGGAAAGUAUUAACCAACGGGGUGGAAUGCAGAGUAGCAGCUCAGGACAGCACGGAUCCAGGAAAUUUCAAGUUCAACACAAAUUCCACGACAUUCCCUUCAGAAGUUGCACUGGGAGUUCAGGGCACCAGACUAGCAGAAACCAGUGCAAUCGCACGGAAAGUUCCAGUCAACAAGGUGGCAUGCAAAGUAGCAGCCAUAUGAAGCAACAACAACACCAGAAACCCCAAGAUGCUUCCAACCAAAGUGGCUCUUCAGGGCAAAGUUGCAGAGGACAAGAAAACAGAAAACCCGAGGAAAACCAAAGUGGGAGUGGCUCCGCAGGGAGACCCCAUUCAAAGGGCACUUCCAGCCAAUGCCAAGGCUCCGAUAGUUUAAACCCCUAUGCUGGCCUAGUGGAUUGCUUACGUGCUACCUGGAUGUCAGGAAAGACCCGUCCAAGAGAGUAUCGUGUCACACAGCUGGAGGCCCUGUGUCACUUUCUGGAGGAAAGACAGGCCGAUAUCCAGCAUGCCUUGUGUGAGGACCUACGCAAGCCCUGCUUUGAAACUGAGGUCACAGAGGUUUUGCUGGUCAGAAAUGAAUUGGCCUAUGCUUUGAAUAACUUAAACCAUUGGAUGAAGGAUGAAAGCGUGAGCAAGAACCUGAUGACACAGCUGGAUUGUGCCUUCAUUCGCAAGGAUCCAUAUGGUGUGGUGCUAAUCAUUGGAGCCUUUAACUUCCCCCUCCAGCUUACUUUGUUGCCCCUUGUGGGAGCCAUUGCAGCUGGGAAUUGUGUGAUUCUCAAGCCUUCGGAGGUGAGCACCUGCACUGAAAGGCUCCUUGCAGAAGCGUUGCCUUGUUAUCUGGAUCCGCAAACCUUUGCUGUGGUGACAGCUGGUCCUGAAGAAACAGGAAAAUUACUGGAAAAUAAGUUUGAUUAUAUCUUCUAUACAGGGAGUGUCCGUGUAGGAAAGAUCAUCAUGACCGCUGCAGCAAAACAUGUGACACCAUUAACUCUGGAGCUGGGGGGUAAAAGUCCCUGUUAUGUGGAUAAAAACUGCUGUUUCCAGAAUGCAGCCAACCGAAUUGUAUGGGGAAAAUUCCUCAAUGCUGGACAGACAUGCAUUGCACCAGAUUAUGUCAUUUGUACACUUGAAACACAGGAGAGGUUGAUGCCUUGCCUGCGCCACGCUAUCUGUGAAUUCUUUGGAAAUGAACCCAAAGAGUCAGCUGAUUUUGGCCGCAUGGUCAAUGACAGGCAUUUCAAGCGGGCCCAAGCUUUGCUGGAAUGUGGCCGGGUGGCCAUUGGUGGAGAGACUGAUGAGUGUGAGCGUUAUAUUGCUCCAACAGUGUUGGCAGAUGUGAAGGAAUGGGAGCCAAUCAUGCAAGAGGAAGUUCUUGCGCCCAUCCUGCCAAUAUUCAAUGUGAAAGAUAUGGAGGAGGCCAUACAGUUCAUCAAUUGCAGAGAUCGCCCACUAGCUGUGUAUGCCUUUUCCUGUGAUUCCAAGGUUGUGAACGAGGUACUGGACCGUACUAACAGUGGUGGCUUUUGCGGUAAUGAUGUCAUGUUGCAAGCAACAUUGAUUACCCUACCAUUUGGUGGCGUUGGAUGCAGUGGAUUGGGCAAGUACCAUGGCAAUUUUCUUUCGGACACAUUUACUCACUUCCGUGGCUGUCUCUCGCGCUAUAUAGGCUUGGAAGCAAUCAACAGAAUGCGCUACCCACCAUACAAUGAUAGUAAUUUGAGAUUGGCGGUUGCCUCUAUGGAGGUCAGGCGUAGGGGAAUGUGCACUUUGUUGUAAGGCAUUAAAUCACAUCACCUGUGUAUUUAAGGAAUAUCUAUCAACAAUUUUGUUGUCGAGUUGAGAUUUUUUUUUUUCUUCAUCAGCUGGUCCUUGAAUUUUGCCUCAUCAUGUUCAAAGAUUCUUGAAAAACACUCUCUGUUCUGAUAAACCUUAUUUUUGCCAUCUUGCUUCUUACAUUUUUUUUCUUUAUCCUAUACCACCUUCAGUAAAUUCAACAUUUAGUAGUGGUUAGAAAACUUAGGGACCCUUCAAUUCUUUUGCACCAUUGUUGGAUAUACAACAUUCUCAAUUCCAGCAAGGACUAUUUAUACAAUUAAACAGUUAUGUAUAAAUUUUCAUCUCUGCCUUUAACACAUAAGUAAUUCUGCUUAAAAAAUCUAGAAGCAUCAUAUUCUUUUUUAAAAAAGGACAAGUACAUUUCCUGUUUACAGUGGAGCAAUCAUUCUUGUCAGAGUGUGCACAGUGUGAGUACUAAUUUGAGACAACUCAGGAGCAAAAUACAGUACACGAGGAGAAAGAUACAUCCUCAUAUGGCCUCCCUUAUAUAUACAGCUUCUUAAAGGGCAGUAACCCUGCUGACUCAUUCUCAUGUCAUCAUUGGUUUACAGCCUUACUGCAAAGCUAUUAAAUUAUGGUCAACUAUUAAAUUGUCAUUACUCUGACAAUUCUGAUUUAUAUAGUUGUACAAUAAGGGUAGCAGCAUGGAUGGUCUUUGUAAAAUGAUCAACUAUUUCCUAGUGGAUAUUUAAUAUUUGAUUCAUUAAACAACUUAAAGAAAUUCAAAGCUGAUCUAAUACAUGUUAUUACGCAAUAUAUGUUAUUACACAUAAACAUAUUCUGUUGACAAUGCAUUUUCCAUAUUGUGAUGCUCUAAAGCUCAGACAUGCCACCUUUAAUUAUAUUUCUUUCAAUAUCCUUGCCUGCAAGGAUGUUAUAAUUCAGAUGUCAGAUGAUAGAAGGUAUCCCUUCCAUUGAACCAAGUAUUGUAGCUUUCCCUGGAAUCUAGGAUUCGCUUUACCUCAUAAUGGGUCUCCCCUUCCAUCACUAUGGGGCCUGGGUUAUCCAAGCUGCUCGCCUUAGUUCAGAACCUAACCACUAGCUUCAGUAGGUUACUAUGGAAAACUGGGUGCACCUUCCCUAGAAGUUUAAAUUCCACUGUGAUUGGGUUAAUGGGUUAAUGUAAUUGGGUUCUCACAAUGGGGAAUGGCCUAAAAACUUGGGGCUCUAGUUUUUAUGCAUGGCAGUUUUAGCUAAAAGUAUUUGGUAGAGAGGUAAACCUUUCUCCAACAUGGAACGACUGAUAUCAGAUUCUUAUGACAUUAGUGAUUUCUACACUACCCAGCCCAAUCAUAAUAAUUGAAAAUACAGUAUGUCCUAUCAAUUUCAGAGACUUAUUUCCAUGUAAGUUUGCUGAAGAUUGCAAUCUUAUUUAGAUUUCCUGAAGCUUUGCAUUUUCAAGCUAAUGUUUUCCUUCUGUAAUAAAGAUCUUGAAUCAACCAUGCAGAUAGUUGACUAAUAUUUAUAAUGCUAUCAAUGGACAUAGUGAAUUAUCUAAUAUAAUAAAAUUAUUAA